AUGCCCAAGGACGGCAGCGCCGCCAAACAGCAGCAGCUCGGGCAGAAGGCCUUCCGCACCGUCAUCCCUCUCUCCGAGUCCAGCGACGGGUUCACGGACGCGGAGAAGACGGCUACGGUGUUGGCCAACCGCGCGCGGGUGCUGAUGCGGCUGCGCAAGUGGUCGGAUGCCGUGCGAGACCUUAAGGAGGCGGGGGUGGGAGCCGCCUCGCCGAACGGACAGCGCGACGUGGCGCUCGCGUGGGACCUCGGCCGGGCGCUCUUCCUCGGCGGCCAGCUCGAGGAGAGCGUGCAGGCGCAUCGCCAGCUGUUGGCCCAGCUCGAGAAGGCCAACGCGGGCGCCGAUCCGGCCUCUCCGCUGCAGCGGGCCGAGAAGGAGACGCUCCUCCUCCUGGCCCAGCUGGCCUACCACCAAGGCGACGUCACCCAGGCCAAGAAAUACGUCAUGCAGUGCGUGAAGAAGGACGGCAGCUACCUGGGCGGCUGGCAGAUGAUGAGCGGCCUGGGCCUGCUCAUCGAGGACUACACCGUGGCGCAGACCGCGCUCCAGCAGAUCCAGAAGCUGAGCAAGACGCCGUCAGCUCAUCUCUACGCCAUGCAAGCCGUUCUCUCGCUGAUGCAGAACAAGAGCGAAGAGGCCAAGCGACAGGUGAGCAAGGCGUACCAUCUGUUCCCCGACAAGGAGGAGUCGUGGGACUCUCUGGCAUGGCUGGUCAUGGACUAUUUCCAGAGCGGAGACGCCCUGCGCACCCUCUGCCUCAACUCUUCCCACCUCACCUUCCCGCAGCUCCAGGACUACGUUGCGAGGCAUCGGCUCAUCUCGGAGGCCCUCCUGCAGUUCGGCCGGAACGUCCCGGCGGCCCAGGACGACACUGCAAGUAACGCGGUGCCUCGGGCUCGGUGGGACGGUGGCCUCAAGGCGGUGCUGAGCCAUGUGACGAAGAUGAUCCACGUCGACCCGCUCGGCAAGCACUCCUGGUUCCUGUUCGCCGCGGCCUCGUACUCGCAGUGCCUCAUCUCGGCGGCGCCCGCCGUCCAGGCCCGCUCCACCGACUCUGUGCUGCGCCACGUGCUCGGCUUGCACGCGGAGGAGAAGGCCCGGUUGGCGCAGGCGCUCGAGCUCCUCCACAAGACGCACAAGGACGCGGCCAAGGCCCAGCAUCCCGGCAAGGAGCGGUACGACGAGGCCGGCCUCGUCCGCGAGAUGCGGGACGUCGAAGCGAAGCUGUUCUUCCUGCGCCUGGCGAUCAGCGAUUGCUGUCUGCUUCAGGACGGCGAGCAGCGCGUCGCCGAGGCCUUGCAGCUGGCCAACGAGGCAUCGGCCUCCUUCACCGGGGAGGGCGAGGGCAAAAAGAAGGCCGACGCCUUCUGCCACCGACAGCUGGCGCGCUGCCACCUGGCCCAGAAGAAGGUCGACCUGGCCAUCAGGGAGUACAAGGAGGCCAUCAAAAUCCAAGGCGAUCGCGUUCCGCUGUUGUGGUUCGAGCUGGCGGAGCUGUACCAGCAGGAAGACCAGGCCGACGCCGCAGCGUUCAGCUACAGGCGGGUCAUCGAGACCUUUGCCGGCGACAAGCCGCAGCACAAGAGCACGCGGCGCGUGGCCCUGCUCAAGCUGGCCCGCCUCUACAUCUCGCUCGAGAGGUGGGGCGACGCCCAGUCCACCCUCGCCCAAGUGAUCAAGCUCAGCCCCGACAACCCGGUGGCUCUGUUCAUGCAGGGCGUGGUGAGCGCGCACAACAAGGAGUACAACAAGGCGCGGGCCUUGCUGCUCAACGCCCAGCGGCGGGAGGAGCGCAAGACCGGCGCCCCGCUGCCCCUCACGCACCUCCACCUCUCGCAGCUCUGCGAGCAGAUCACCAACAAGGACCUGCCCGCCGCCCAGGCCCACGCCCAGCUCGAGCUCGCCCUCCUCCAGGGCGCCUCCGCCUCCUCCUCCGUCGCCGUGCCGCCGUCCGUCUUCGACAAGGUCCAGGCCAGGAUCGACAAGCUCGCCCCUGCGCGGGAGCGGGCCUCAGAACUCGACAACGACCUGGUUGUCGUGAGCGAGUUCGCGCCAGUCUUGGUUGGAUCGGUAGAUGCCGAGCUUCUUCAUAGGCGGGUGUUCGAUCAGCAUCCGCACGACCUGCGGCCCCUGGUUGUGCUCGAAUCCGCUCAGACACGCCAGGUUGAGCUCCUCGAGGCGCGGGCACCCGGCCAGGAGCCCACUCCAGGCCGCCAGCUGCACCCCACCGUUUGGAGCGAUCCGCGAGCGGUGGGCCAGGUCGAGCCGACGCAGUUUGGGCAGCCGGGCCGCGAUGAUAUCCACCAUGAGCGGCGAGCUGUCACUCCAGCUACGCAGCGACAGCUCCUCGAGCAAUGGGAGGCGGGCCAGUACUAA